UUCCAUACUUAUACCUACUUUUCCACAUAUGGUAUGGAUUGCUAGAGCUAGGAAUGCUGAAGACUUAAAUCACUUGGCUCUGCAAUAUUAGUAUUGGAUUAAAACCAAAUGCAAGGCAGGCGCCUGCUGCAUGGCGUAGCCCAUAUCCAGUCAGCCUCAUGGACCCCAGUGAUUCCCCCAGUCCGUUUGACCCAUUGACCCUGCCAGAGAAGCCCCUGGCUGGAGACCUUCCAGUAGACAUGGAAUUUGGAGAGGAUCUACUGGCAUCCCAGACUGCCCCAACUCGAGGAUGGGCCCCCCCUGGCCCUUCUCCAUCCUCAGGAGCCCUGGACCUGCUUGAUACCCCUGCUGGUCUGGAAAAAGACCCUGGAGUCCUGGAUGGAGCCACUGAGCUGCUGGGGCUGGGGGGGCUGCUCUAUAAAGCCCCCUCCCCCCCAGAGGUGGACCAUGGUCCUGAGGGGACCCUUGCAUGGGAUGCAGGAGAUCAAACCCUAGAACCUGGACCAGGGGGUCAGACCCCUGAGGUGGUGCCACCUGACCCAGGGGCUGGGGCAAAUCCCUCUUCACCUGAGGGGCUACUAGAGCCUUUGGCUCCAGAUUCUCCAAUAACCCUGCAGUCCCCACAUAUUGAAGAGGAGGAGACCACCUCCAUAGCUACGGGGAGAAGGGGCUCCCCUGGGCAGGAGGAGGAGCUUCCCCAAGGGCAGCCACAGAGCCCAAAUGGACCCCCCAGCCCUUCAGUGGGAGAGGCUCUGGGGGAUGGAAUCAACAGUUCUCAGACCAAACCUGGGGGCCCUAGCCCCCCUGGACACCCUUCCCUGCCAGGAGAUGGCCUGACUGGGAAGGCGAGUGAGAAGCCGCCUGAGAGGGUGCAGAAGAGAAGCGAGCGCGUUAGAAGAUUAGAGCCUCCAAAACCUGAGGUUGUGGAUCCCACUGAGAGCAUUCCAGUGUCAGAUGAGGAUUCUGAUGCCAUGGUAGAUGACCCCAACGAUGAGGACUUUGUGCCAUUCCGGCCCCGGCGCUCUCCUUGCAUGUCCCUACGCUCGAGCGUGGCACAGAGGGCUGGGCGCUCUGCCGUAGGCACCAAGAUGACUUGUGCCCACUGCCGGACACCACUGCAGAAGGGCCAGAUGGCCUACCAGCACAAGGGGCUGCCGCAGCUCUUCUGCUCUUCAUCCUGUCUCACCACUUUCUCCAAGAAGCCCUCUGGCAAAAAGACCUGUACCUUCUGCAAGAAGGAGAUCUGGAACACCAAGGACUCAGUUGUAGCCCAGACUGGUUCAGGAGGCUCUUUCCAUGAGUUCUGCACGUCCGUCUGUCUCUCCCUGUAUGAGGCCCAGCAGCAGCGCCCAAUCCCCCAGUCUGGGGAUCCCGCUGAUGCCACCCGCUGCAGUAUAUGCCAGAAGAUUGGAGAGGUCCUGCACGAGGUCAGCAAUGGCAGCGUGGUGCACCGGCUCUGAGAUUCUUGCUUCUCCAAAUUCCGGGCCAACAAGGGACUGAAAACCAACUGUUGUGACCAGUGCGGGGCUUACAUCUACACCAAGACCGGGAGCCCUGGCCCCGAGCUCCUCUUCCACGAGGGCCAACAAAAGUGGUUCUGCAACACAAGCUGCUUGGGGGCGUACAAGAAGGUGGGGCCGAGGGAGUAGCGCAUUAGAGGGCUGUGGAAGGGGGUGCGGUCCUUGGGUGAGAAAUAAAGGUGCCUGACGGGUCGAGGGCUGGGAGAAAUAAAACAAAUAAAGGGGGUUUCAAUUGUAUCUGUUAUGUUUUAUUUUUGAAGCUGGCUGGUGGAUACACAGGUCUUUGUUAUCUCAUCAUCUAUACUUUUUUUGUAUGCCUGAAACAUUUCAUGUUUUAAAAACUUAAAAAAUAAAAGUGAAGGGACAAAUCCAAAAAAAAAAAAAAAAAAAACCAAAUGCAAGUGGCAAAAUAACACAUGGUGGAAGCAUGGGCUAUGUUUCUCUGAUGCCAGGCAGAGUCAAAUUAAUUCUUUGAGAGGAGGUGUGAAUACACAUGUAUAAUGAUACUUUAACACAACUGUGAGCAAAAUAUUUUGUCACAUUCCCCUGUGUUGUUAGAUUUGGUCUGCCAUCUGCCAUUCUUGCAUUGACUGGCUUAGAGCACCCAUGAGUAGCAGGGACUUGCAAGAGCCUACAGAGUUUUCAUUGAAAGAUAAAGCAGAUCUUUGUGUUUCUGUUGUUUUUCCUGUGUAUCCUCUGAGGAGUGAUUUCUUUCACUGCAGAU